AGAGAUGGGAUCGCUCAGUAGAUUGAUCUUCAGUACACACUUGAGUGUUUUGUGUUGGGGUCUGGAAUCACUGCCUUCAAAACAUCAUUGUAACAGAAAAUGUGAUUUGUAGGCUACCCCAACACCUCGAUCAAAAAUUUGAAACCUUAAAAUGUUUAAUUUGGCAUUCCUAGCUUCAGAAUGACUUAAAAUGCUUUUGUUUUUCUUUUUUCCUUCUUAAAUGUUAGUGAAGAGAAAAGUUUUGGUUCUUGGCAGAGAUUUUGUGGGCCAACUGCAGGGCUAAAGUAUGGAUUUUUGAGCAGGGGAUUCUAAUGGAAAAGCUGAGCACCAGAAUCGCACAAGGUUCUUCUGAACUGUAGAAGCCAAAAGCUCUUCCAGAUGUCUGUCAGCCCAACAUCACUGGUUUUAAUAAAAGCUCAGAUUCAGCAGAAUUUAUUACUGAUUUGCUUUGCUAAAACCAGAAAAAGUUUUUGCUCUAAAAAGCAAGCAAAGAAGGGCCUGAUGUUUUCAUCAGUUGCACUCCAGCAUGUCAUUUACUGUGUUAAAUACCAUCCCAGUUCCAUUGUUUUACUGAAGAUUUUCUGUAGAUUACCAUCAUCAAAACUGGAACUUCAGAAACUCUUGCGAAGAUGUACAUAGUGAGAAAUGCCCAGAAACAAAUUGGUAAAUGGUGCGUGCAAAACAGGCAAAGCUACUAACAAUGCAAACACAUACGUGACAUGCACAACCAGACAGGUAUUUCUGUAAGAAGUUACCUGUUUGUACAUGUAACUAAUACACAUACUCGGAAGAAAAAUGGAGGCUGAAAAAAUAGCAGGAAAAUGUUAUAGAACAAAUACAGGCAAGUGCAAUGUGACUUUGUAAAUACAAAAGUGAACAGAAGAAAACCAAUAGAAAAAUCAUCAGUCGGAGAGUAGCUAAUGAAAUCUCUGAACAAUCGUGUAAUUAAAGUACAUUAAUCAUUAUAAAAGAUCUUUUCCCUUUAAACAUCUGCUCACGUUCACUUGGCAACAGUCUGGGCAGUGUCAUGAGUGAUGGGGUUGGGGGUUAUGCUGAAGGGCAUGUGUUAUCUGAGGAACGGUGUAGAACAUCCCCAGCCUGACAGAUCUGGAGCAGCAGUGCUUUUCCUCAAUUCAGGUGUUGCGUUAAGGAAAUAAGAGGGGCAAAAAUUGACAUUGCUUACAGUGGAAAGGAAAACCUGAUCUAAAACUGGAAGUCGCCUUCUCAGCCGUGCAAACAAAAUUUUAUUUGGUGUCAAUGGAUUUGAAUAACGCAAUUCCUCUGGGAAAAGAGCCCCUGCCUAGCCUGCUGCUUUUAAGAGAGCCUUAGGAGCCAUAGUUGCUUAUAGGAGAGACCUUGUUCCUCCCCACUGAGCAGUAAGCACCGCAAAAACCUUCCCUGCCCCUUUCCCUGCGGCAGCCUGGCUGUGCCAGCAGCAGAGUGAGACUGGCCAUUUCAGGAGAGAGAUCUCUUCUUCCUCUGGCAUAAGCAAAGUGUGCAGUAGGGCCACGACCAUCCCUUCCUGCCUGAUAGUCUGUGGCUCCCAGGCACCUGCCUGCGAAAUGGGUGCACGUGUUGCAUUGGUGAAGGCUCUGUCUGCAGGUACCAGUUUGGAGCAUAAUUUGCUCCACUGAUGUUAGGACUGAGUAAAGUUUCUAAUGGGUGGUGUUUUGUUUGGGAUUAGGUCAGGAGUCCUGGAUUGUUGUUUUGGCCCUGCCAUUAGACUGAGUCACUUACGGAGGAAUUUUGACAGGGACUAUUUUUUUGUAUCCUUGCACAAAUCUUAUUGCUUGUUGCAUUUUCACACAGUUGGCAGCAUGGAUGCUGGUUGUGGGCACAAUUGGUAGCACCUGCGUUUUUCCUUCUGUCUUGCAGUGCUUUGCUGUCUGUGCCUAAGGCAAGGAGGUGGAGGCAGGAUUUGUACUUGUCUUACAGGGACACACCUGAACAUGGAACCCUUUAAGGCCCACUAGCAACAAAGAUCCACCAGCUGCAAAGCAACACUGGUUUUUAUGCUAGUCUUGUUUUCUUAGCAAAUCUAUAACACACAGCAGUUAGGGAGCAAGGAUCUCACAAGUGUUGGAUUCAGAGUACUCUAUUUUUACCUCACUGGUCAUUCAGUGCUGACUUAAGGUCUCCUUCAUGGCACAUAUUCAGGAAUUCUUUACCAGCGUUUGGACUUGAGGCUACACUGGUAGUGUGAACGUGCAUGUCUGUGUGGACUUCCAAAGGCAGACAAGAGGAACCCAGAUCCCAUUUGGAUAAGGAGGACUGGGACUGUGGAUAUUGUAGGUGGUUAUGCCACUUCGUACCUGUUUUUGGCAGUUUGCACAUUCACGGACGAUGGAUGCUUUUUCUGCCUGGGCAGUGCACCUUCCCAGCUGUUAGGUGGGGAAAGUGAAAAUGAGCUCAGGUUUGGAUUUUGUUGUUCAGUUACAGGUAAAAUACUUCAUCUGGGUUGUGCCUGUUCAUAACGAUAGUUAUGCUCCCUCACAGGGACUGCAGGCUUUGUAAAAGUUAUUGGAGAAGUUCAGAUUAAAAAAUAUGUGGUUUAUUGUUCUUAAAGCUGGUAAAGUCAUACAGUGGUGUUUAAGUAGAAAUUGAAAGCAAACUUCUUUGCUUUUCUUAGAAGUGCAUAGAUUAGUAUUCCAGAAGCCUUGUGUCAAGAUCUCAGGUUUAUGUCCUGUUGUCUUUAUCUUUGUGAUGUUUUAGGUGUGCUAUGGAUUGCUACCAGCCUUUCGCUGCUGUGCCAUCUGCUACCUUUAUAUUCCAGCUCAGAUAAGCCCCAGCUUGAGAGCAGGGGUGUGCCGGCUGCCUUUGCAGGUAUAAGGAAAUGCUAGAUCUAGUGGUAUCACCCAGCCUGACUGUAAAUAGAGAGUGCUCUGACAGACUGAAGCUUAACCUUUCCAACAUUUAUGCCACGGCUCCAGAUGACAUAGAAGGCAGCAGCAAAGCAGCACCACAGUGUCCCCUCCAUCUUUACUCCACAAAACAUUAUCCCCAUAUAGUGACAGUCCCAUCUUUUCCAACAAUGGCAACGUAUGGACAGACCCAGUACAGCGCGGGAAUCCAGCAGGCUGCUGCGUACACUGCCUAUCCUCCUCCAGGGCAGCCCUAUGCCAUACCCUACAGCAUCAAAACAGAGGACAGCCUGAGCCAUUCCCCGGGACAGAGUGGGUUUCUUAGCUAUGGAUCCAGCUUCAGUACCCCAGCAGCUGGACAAGCACCGUACACGUACCAGAUGCAUGGCACAACAGGGAUUUACCAGGGAGCCAACGGCCUGGCAAAUUCUGCGGGAUUCAGUGCCGUGCAUCAGGACUAUUCAUCAUAUCCAAGCUUUCCUCAAAGCCAGUACUCACAGUAUUACAGCUCCUCCUACAAUUCCCCGUACGUGUCUGCAAACAGCAUCAGCCCCUCCGCAGUCCCGGCCUCCACGUACUCUCUGCAGGAGUCUUCUCAGCACAUCAGCAGUCAGAGCACAGAGUCGCUGGCUGGGGAAUAUUCAACAACACCAGCAAAAGAUGCAGAUACAGAAACAGACAGACAUCACAGAGGGUCAGAUGGCAAAGUACGAGCCCGGUCAAAAAGAAGCAACGAUCCUUCCCCUACUGCUGACAGUGAGAUUGAGCGUGUGUUUGUGUGGGACUUGGAUGAGACGAUAAUUAUUUUUCACUCCUUACUCACGGGAACCUUCGCAUCCAGAUACGGGAAGGACACUACGACAUCCGUGCGGAUAGGCCUUAUGAUGGAAGAAAUGAUCUUCAACCUUGCAGAUACACAUCUGUUCUUUAAUGACCUGGAGGACUGCGACCAGAUCCACAUAGAUGAUGUAUCAUCAGAUGACAAUGGUCAAGAUCUAAGCACAUACAACUUCUCCGCAGAUGGCUUUCACAGUUCGGCUGCCAGUGCAAAUCUGUGUCUGGGCUCAGGUGUUCACGGGGGAGUUGACUGGAUGAGGAAAUUAGCAUUCCGCUACCGCCGGGUGAAAGAGAUGUACAACACCUACAAAAACAAUGUAGGGGGUUUAAUAGGAGCUCCUAAGAGGGAAACCUGGCUGCAGUUAAGAGGAGAACUUGAAGCGCUGACUGAUCUCUGGCUCACACAUGCUCUGAAGGCGCUGAAUUUGAUACAUUCCCGGCCUAACUGUGUGAAUGUGUUGGUCACCACAACUCAGCUUAUCCCGGCUCUCGCUAAAGUGCUUCUCUAUGGACUGGGCACUGUCUUCCCCAUUGAAAACAUUUACAGUGCCACAAAAACAGGGAAAGAAAGCUGUUUUGAGAGAAUCAUGCAAAGGUUUGGAAGGAAAGCCGUGUAUAUUGUAAUAGGAGAUGGCGUUGAAGAGGAACAGGGAGCAAAAAAGCACAACAUGCCGUUCUGGAGAAUCUCUUGUCACGCCGACCUGGAAGCUCUUCGGCACGCCUUGGAACUUGAAUAUUUGUAGCAGACCCCAACAUCUUAGCACUGUGAGGGCUUCACUCAAACUAUCGCAUCGGUUCCACCUAUUCCUCAACAUUUUGUCAUUGAAAAAUCCCACAGCAACUGCAGUUUUUCUUUUUUUUGAAGGAGAACCCUUUCAGUGGAAGCCUUUAAGAACUUGCAGCCAAAGAACAUUGUGUCAAGUCCUUCUUCCUUUGGACAGAGGAAGAGCCUUCGGAUCAGCUGCGAUGCCGCAGUUCAGCCGGCUGUGUAGAGCUGUAGCUGCCUUUUUGCCGUCAGUGACAAACACUACAAGUCUUGGGGCAACUUGUCAGCUUUCUUGCUUUUGAGAGGGGAAGAGGACGCCGUAAGGAGUCUCUGCACAAUACAUCAAUACAUCACAUCACGGGGAACCUUCUGAAAAUAAGAGUGAAACUGUUCUUUUUUUUUCUUUUUUGUAUUUUUUUAAUUUAUGAACUAAUCUCAUUACUCUGGUGUUAAGCUCUGUGCCUGUGUUUUUAAUCUGGCUUUUUGGGGUGGGUGGGGGAAAGUCUUACCAUUCUAAAUUAAUUGUUCAUUUCUCCAGAACAAACUCUGGGGAAAAUCGUAUUGUGUACAUGAAUAAUAAGGACACAUGGUACUGUUGGUGAGGACAAUAGCUGUGUUUUAAAUCCUACAUAGAUGGUAUGGGGACUGUGCAUGUGUCUACACGGUGCCUUAUGCUGCCAUCUUGGUUUUGGGGGCUGGGGAAAAAGUACCUUGUGAUGAGUGAAAGGCAUUAAAUAAAAACAUGUUUACAUUUUGGGGACUAGA